AUGGAUCACUCAGGAACAGAGUCGCAGCAGAACACGCGCCAACGGCCGGGAGAGCCAGAUGCAGGAGCAGGAAGUGGAGGCAGUGGCGGCUUCAAGCUCAAGUUCUGCACCGUCUGCGCCUCGAACAACAACCGCUCAAUGGAAGCCCACCUCCGCCUAACCACCGCCCCCUCACCAUACCCCACCAUCUCCUUCGGCACCGGCUCGCUCGUCCGCCUGCCCGGCCCGUCCAUCUCCCAACCGAACGUCUACCACUUCAACAGCACCUCCUACGCCGCCAUGUACAACGAGUUGGCUGCCAAAGACCAGCGUUUAUACCGCGCCAACGGCAUUUUACCCAUGUUGGAAAGGAACAAGGGCGUCAAGUGGGGUCCGGAGCGAUGGCAGGACUGGCAGGUAGGCGUGCCGAGGGCAGAGUACAAGACAGACAAGGGAUACAUGGGCACAGAGGCAGGUACGGUGGAUAUCGUCAUUACGUGUGAAGAGCGGUGCUGGGACGCUGUGAUCGACGACCUUCUGACUCGAGGCUCGCCGCUCAACAGACCGGUGCAUGUGUUCAACGUGGAUAUCAAGGAUAACCAUGAGGAGGCGCUUGUGGGCGGGAAGGCGAUCCUAGAGUUGGCCGAUGCGCUAAAUGGUGCUGCAGCAGAGGAGAGGGAGGCUUGGGGUCAGAAGACGGGUGGAGGGAUGAAUGGGUUUGAUUCGGGGCAUGCGGGUGCAAGAGCUGGGUUUGAUGAGAGGGUGCCCGACAUUCUGGCGGAGUGGCAGGAGAAGUGGCCCACGCUGCCGGCGCUUUGGACCUUGGCGUGGUUCUGA